CAGGUCUCUCAUGGCGGGAGAGGUGGUGAGAAAGGUAGGCAUUUUGCGGUGGCUGCUGUGCCUCAGCCUUCUUUCGAGUGGCGCUGUGGGGAGAGUGUGGAAGGGCGAUGAGCAGUAUAAGGAUGAGGACUUCUUUUUCUUUGGUAAAGGGGCAGGAAUUGGGUUCGGGGAGGGAGUGGGGUUUGGUGGUGGCAAAGGAGGGUUCGUUUUCGGUAAAGGAGGAGGGAUUGGAGCAGGGGGAGGAGUUGUAGGAGGCAUUGGUGGUGGAUUUGGAGGUGGUGCUGGUGCUGGUGGUGGAGUCAUUGGAGUGUUUGGUGGGGGUCAAGGUGGCGGAUUGGGUGGUGGUGUAGGUGGUGGUGUCGGCGGUGGGCAUGGUGGUGGUGUAGGUGGUGUUGGUGGAGGCAUUGGUGGAGGUCAUGGUGGCGGUGUUGGUGUUGGACAUGGUGAGGGUGGAGGCGUUGGCUACGGGCAUGGUGGUGGCCCUGGUGGAGGAUAUGGUGGUGGUGUAGGUGGAGGCCAUGGUGGUGGCCCUGGUGGAGGUGUAGGUGGAGGCCAUGGUGGUGGCCCUGGUGGAGGAUAUGGUGGUGGUGUAGGUGGAGGCCAUGGUGGUGGCCCUGGUGGAGGAUAUGGUGGUGGUGUAGGUGGAGGCCAUGGUGGUGGCCCUGGUGGAGGAUAUGGUGGUGGUGUAGGUGGAGGCCAUGGUGGUGGCCCUGGUGGAGGAUAUGGUGGUGGUGUAGGUGGAGGCCAUGGUGGUAACCCUCGUGGAGGAUAUGGUGGUGGUGUAGGUGGAGGCCAUGGUGGUAGCCCUGGUGGAGGCAUUGGCUACGGGCAUGAUGGUGGAGGCCAUGGUGGUGGAGGUCACGCUGGUGGUGUAAGUGGUGGUAUUGGUGGCCUCCAUGGUGGUGCUGUUGGAGGCCAUGGCCAUGGUGGUGGUGGUAUUGGGGGAGGCCAUGGUGGUAGUGUUGGUGGAGGCCAUGGUGGUGGUGGUGGUAUUGGGGGAGGCCAUGGUGGUAGUGUUGGUGGAGGCCAUGGUGGUGGUGUAGGUGGUAGUAUUGGUGGAGGGCAUGGUAGUGGUGUAGGUGGUAUUGUUGGUGGAGUCCAUGGAGGUAGUGCAGGAGGUGGCGUUGGUGGAAGUCACGGUGGUGGUGUAGGAGGUGGAAUUGGUGGUGGUGCAGGUGGAGGUCACGGUGGCGGUGUAGGAGGUGGAAUUGGUGGUGGUGCAGGUGGAGGUCACGGUGGCGGUGUAGGAGGUGGUGAAGGUGGAGGUCACGGUGGCAGUGUAGGAGGUGGAGUUGGUGGUGGUGCAGGUGUUGGCGGAGGCCAUGGUGGUGGCGUUGUUGGCGGUGUCGGUGGUGGGGCUGGAGGAGGUGCUGGCGGUGCCAUCGGUGGUGGGGUUGGUGGAGGUUUCGGUAAGGGCGGUGUAAUUGGUGGAGGUUUUGGCACAGGUGGUGGAAUAAUUGGUGGUGUGAUUGGUGGAAUUGGUGGUGGAGUUGGCGGCAUAGGUGGUGGCUUCGGCAAAGGAGGAGGACUAGGUGGUGGAAUUGGUGGGAUAGGUGGUGACAUCGGUAAUGGUGGAGGACUCGGUGGUGGCGGCUUUGGCAAAGGUGGAGGUUUCGGUGGCGGAAUUGGCGGAAUAGGUGGUGGCUUUGGCAAAGGUGGAGGAUUUGGUGGUGGAAUUGGUGGACUUGGUGGACUUGGUGGAGAAUUCGGAAAUGGUGGAGGAUUUGGAUUUGCUGGAGGAAAAGGCCUAGGAUUUGGUGGCAUUGGAGGCAUUGGUGGUGGAUUUGGCGGACUUGGUGGAGGUGCCGGUGGUGGCAUUAUCGGAGGCCAUGGGAUUGUGAUUCCCUAGAUCGCACGACUCAUCUGCAUGGCUGCAUGGUUCUCCCACGUUUUCUUGCAUAGUAAAGAAGUCUCGUCUGCGUUCGUGAUUAUUCGUGUUCAAUUUGCUUAAACUUUCGAUGUGAAUUUGUUGUGUUUCAAUAUUGUCUAAAUGAACUUUGCUACAUUCUAUCUC